GGCCUCUCCCCCCCGGCCCCUCCCUCCCCCUCUGGCCUCCCCCCCUCCCCACAGACGGGCCUCAGGCGGCGCCGGGGGCGGAGGCUGCGGCGGGAGCGGCGGGGUGCGGGCUGAGGGGAGCUGCGGCCCGACGCCCCCCCUCACCCCCGACCCCGGGAGCCAAGCCUAACCGCGGAGGGGCUGGGGGGGCCCCCGAUGGAGGUGAGAGGCGGAGGCGGCCCGCCCGGCCCCUGCCCCACGCACGCCAACCCACUCGAGCCCCAGGGGGGCAGGACAGGGGGAUGGCGGGGUGUGGAGCCUAAAGUCGCUUUCCGUGGAGGUGCGAAUCGCUGCUGGAAUAUUAAUGCAGAUACCAGCAGCCGAUUAACUGAUGUAUUCAACAGUGUGAUGUUGACUGGCUCCACUUCUUUCUACGAUUGCUACAAAUCACAGAGUGAAGACAAUGUAGAUUUACGGCAGACAUACACUCCACUUUCUUCAUCCACAGAAUAUUCAAGUUCUGUUGAUUCUUCCCUUUUCUAUGCACCAUGGUCAACAUAUGGAGAUGAUAUCAAGCAACCAGCUAAUUCUCAAAUCAAUGUAAAGAACAGGAUUCAGACUGAACGAAAUGACUAUGGCAGUGAAACAGACUUAUAUGGACUUGUGUCUAACAUCUUGGAAGAACAAGAUAAAUCACAGCCAUAUUUUGCUGAGGGGACCUGCUCCUCCAACUUAAAGUCAGUUUGGCCUGUGAAUACAAGCAGAUUUGCAGAUCACCAUGACCUCUUGUCAGAAACUAAAAGGCCAGUAGACACAGCCAUCUCUCAACAAGCUUUUUAUAGUGGCGAAUCUGUCUCAGCAGUGGAAAAGCAGUACCUGCACAGUAGUAAUCUCACACCACAACAAAAAAUAGAUGAACUUUAUCAUGGAUUUACUAGCUUAGAUCUUGAAGAGCAAUGGAUGUACCCCUCACGAAGUGAUCAUUCCAACUGUUAUAAUAUUCAGACAAAUGAUACCGCUAAGACAACAUUCCAAGAAUAUCCAUUUAUCAAAAACUGUUUUACACCACAAGCUGGCCUCUCUGAUAUCAUGAAAGAAUCAGGGGUUGAUACUUACCCUUAUGGAAGAGAUAAAAUGUGUGCCAAAGGGCUUGAGGCACCAUUACAGCAAAAAAGGGCAGAGAUAUUUCUUUCACAAUUCAAUAGAUACAAUGAAAAUGCAGAUUAUUGUAGAUAUCCAGAAUAUUCUCAUCCCAAUAAAGCCAAGCUAAAUAAAUGUUCAAAUUUUAGUGUUCAAGAUAGCAAAAAACUAGCCAAUGGAACACCUGAGACACCUGCUGUAGAAACAGACACAUAUACUAAGUUAUUUCAAGUUAAGCCAGCAAAUCAGAAAAAAAUGGAGGAAACUAUACAAGACCAACAGAAUUUCACAUUUUCAAAGACUACACCACACUUAACAGAAAAGCAAUUUGCAAAAGAAGCAGCAUUCACUGCCGAUUUUGGGUUAAAAUCGGAAUAUGGACUGAAAUCUCACACAGCUUGCCCAGGUAAUAAUGAUUUUGCUAGUGUCUCAGAAAAAGCACAGUUUUCUAAACCUGAGCCUCAGAAUUCUGAAUAUUUUAAAUCAGUGAAUUUAUUAUCGAACUCAGCAACAUCUUCAGGAGGUAUCAGCAUAAGUAGGCCGACUUGGAUGAAUGUUCAAACAAAAAACAGCACUCCUGUGCCAUAUCGUAAUCAAGGUAACUUGAUGAAACUGAAUAGCCAUUUAACUGCAGCUUCAAAAGGGGCUAACCAUUCUUCAGAUUUUCCCCAACUAUCAUCUACAAAUUUAGCCCAAAAUAGUAAUUUGUUUCAGAAGUAUUGCCAAGAAAAUCCUUCAGCAUUUUCUAGUUUUGAUUUCAGUUACAAUGGUGCAGAAAGAAUUCAGUCUGUCAAUCAUAUGGAAGGGCUGACCAAGACUGGGGAAGAAAGUCUCUUUGAAUCAGUUACAGAUAAAAAAAUAAAGCAGCCAAAUGGAUUUUGUGAUAACUAUUCAGCUCAGCAAUAUGGGAUCAUUGAAAAUGUGAACAAACAUAAUUUUCAAGUUAAGCCCCAAAGUGGACAUUAUGAUCCUGAGGAAGGACAGAAGCAUUUAGAUGGUUUAUCUCAAAAUACAUAUCAAGAUCUUCUGGAGUCACAAGGUCACUAUAAUAGCCACAGACAGGGAAGUGGAGACAACAAUAUUGUGAAUAACCGUGUGAAUCGUACACAAGCGUCAUGCUUUUCUAAUAAUUACAUGAUGGGAGACUUAAGACAUAAUCAGAGUUUUCAGCAACUUGGUUCAAAUGGAUUUCCUUUGCGAUCUACCCAUCCAUUUGGCCAUUCUGUUGUUCCACUAUUGGAUUCCUACGAUUUGUUUUCUUAUGACGAUUUAAGUCAUUUAUAUCCUUAUUUCAAUGAUAUGAUGUAUGGUGAUAAUUCCUUUUCUGGUUUUGUGCCAACCUUUGGAUUUCAAAGACCAAUUAAAACCCGCAGUGGACCAGCUAGUGAACUUCAUAUUCGUCUAGAAGAGUGCUAUGAACAGUGGAGAGCAUUAGAAAAGGAGAGAAAAAAGACUGAAUUGGCUCUUGCCAAGAACUAUCCAGGGAAAAAAGUUUCCAGUACUAACAAUACUCCAAUUCCAAGGCUGACCUCUAACCCAUCACGAGUUGAUCGUCUAAUUGUAGAUGAACUACGAGAACAAGCCAGAGUUGUGACUUUACUUGGCAAAAUGGAACGUCUUCGCAGCUCUCCCCUUCAUGCCAAUAUUUCUACUGCUCUUGAUAGACACUUGGAGUCUAUUCACAUUGUACAAUCACGAAGAAAGGAUGAAAUUGUAAAUGCUUCAAAUAGGCAAAGGCAAGGAGUUCCUAGAUGCCAAGAUGACAGAGAUGUGUUUGCCCUUGCCUCAGCAAUUAAAGAGAUGUGUGUGGCUACUCGGAAAGCACGCACUACCCUGUGGUGUGCACUGCAGAUGACCUUGCCCAAAACAGCCAGUACUGCUGGCCAGGCGGAUGUGGAGAAGGCUUUACAGGAUAUAGUAAACUGUGAAGAUAAAGUCCAUGAAAAUAUAAAUAGCAGCAAUCCUAUGAACCAGAGAGGUGAAACAAACAAACAUUAAGGAAAUGCCAACAGAACGAAGAAUAAAAGCUGUUAAGUAAAUGUAUCAAGACAUUCUAAAGUAAUUUUAAUGAACUUUUCAAGCUUGAGAAUUUCAGUACAUUAAUUUUCUUCCAGAUUUAAAGUUAAUACCUUAAUGAAGUUCCACUUCUAUUUUUUUAAAAAAAUCUACUAUUUCUAAUGGAUCAGAUUUAGUUAAAAGUGAACUCUCAAAGGUAAAGUUGACUACUCUAGGAGUUCUAGCUAGUCAAAAAUAACAGGUUAGUUUAAGUAAACUGAAUAUUUUCUAACAACUAAAGUAUUACUUAAACCUAUUCUGCAGUGCAGGUAAACGCAAAUGUGAAAUUCUUCUAGGUGAUAAGUUUCAUUUAGGUUUGCCUUAGUAAGUAAUAAUUCCAAAUAAUGAAUCUAAGUGACUGUAACCCAACUAGGACUACAGUCUUGUAACCAAGACAAGUUUUGAUUGUGAUAUAAAAGCGUUUUCCUUGCAAAACUGGAUAAUACCUGGGAACCAAAGGAAAACAAGGCUAUACCCAAUAUUCAUGUAAAAAUUUAAUAUUUAAAAUACUACCAUAUUUAUAAAUUUGAAAUCUUAGCGCCUAAAUUUAUGGAGGGAAAUGCAUCUGAUUCUCCUAAAUUAGUGAUAAAAAGUGCCAGUGUAAAAACCAUGCAAGUUACUGAAUAUAAAACCUGUUCAAAUCAUUUGUGUAUAUUCUUUAAAAUUUAAUUAUAAUAUCAAUUAUUAAAUGUUGCCAAUUUUAAAGUAUUUAAAUUGAAUCAAAACAUAACAUUUCCAUUAUCUGGAUCUUUUAGAAAGACUUGCUGCACAGCAACUGAAAUAAUGACUAUAGUUCUAAUACCCUUGGUUUUGCUGCUUUUAAGAGGGUAUCACGAGGUUCUAAAAUGUAUUUUUUUAAAGUUACUCUUUAGCUAGUUUGGUUUACAAUUGGUUAGUGUAUAUUUUGUGUAGUUGUGUUCAUUAGUUUGCUUCUGUAUUUUUUUGAGAGCUCUUGAAAGCUUGGCUUUUUCUGUGUUUCUCAUCACAAUAUCUUUGUAUUGAACGUGAAUAAUUUAUUCAUUAAUAUGAAAUGUUGGUAUUAUGUGGCUCAGAAGACCUUGGGUUUUAACAAUUCUAGCAUGAGUUAAACUAUAAUAUAAUGUACUGAUGAAAUUUAAUUGAACUACCCUUGGCUAGAAACACUGAUGUUUUAAAUGUCAGUGUUCUUCCUAGUUUUAGAAAUCCUGGUAUGCAAAAAAAAGGAGUGUAAUCACACCACAUAAAUUUUCUUUAGAUGAUGUGCGGAAGAAACUGAUUGAGAAUGCAGGAGAAACUGUAGUGAAACCAUUUUGAUCAUUGAUAUGCCUUAAGAGAACUGCCCAAAUGAAUUACAUUGAGGGUAGCCAAAUAAAAUAGAUCACCCCACCACAGUCACUGCACAGAAACUGGUUAAGUUUGACAUAAGACAUGUUGGAUGUUAUGAAAACAAAUAUUGUACUGAAUUUAGUCUGUCAGGUAAGAAAUAAAUUAGCCUUUGUUGAAAAUGUCUGAUAUCAUUAUUCAACAUUUACAUUCCCAAUACAGAUAGUUGGUUCAUUUCACUGUGCUCAUUAGGAAAGCAUGUAACUAAAUUUACAUAAAUUUGGUAUUACUGCUAAGUAAUUUUUAAUAUUUGGGUUGUAUUCGGGUGACAAGCCAGAUGUUCUGGUAGUUAAAUACUGGUACCUAAAAAUGAAGCUUUGCCCCUUAUGCUGAUCUAAAAAUUUCAGGUUGGAAGUUUUGUAGAGACCUUUAUAGCUUAUAAUCAAAAUAUUAGGUAUAGGUUGCAUGUUAAGAAUAUAUAUAGGUUAAAAAACCAUGUUAGAAAUACUCUCCUGAAUAGUAGCCCUAUUUCCAGUUAACCAAUCCUAAUCUGAUUAUCAUUAGAUAAAACAUUAUAUUUUUAAGUGAUUUGUAUCACUAUAUAUUAUCUUCCUGUGGCCUAUGAUUUUUAAAAAAAUAUUUUCUACAUUUUCCAAUUUAUUUCCUUAUAUAAUUUUAAGUAAAAACUUUAAAAUCAGAAAGAACCAACAGAUUCCCCAAUGAAUCUAUAGUUUAUACCAUUUUUGUUCUCUUUAAGAAACUGAGCCAAACCCAAGAAAAUUAAACUCAUCAAAACUGAUUGAAAAGCUACCUUGAGUCAUUAUGCAUGUUGUCUUUCCCAGGUAUGUAGACUCAGUGCUUUGGGGCUGUCCUGCUUGAAGGCUCUAAAAUGUUACAGCCAAACCCAAACAUUUGUUAGUAUUAACUGAGAAGAUAUGAAAAGAAGGGACUUUUAAACAUUAUCACCCCUAAACUGACAUCAUUGAAGACCAAUAAUCAUUAAGGACUUCAGGGGUCUGGAGGACACACUUAAAUCUAAUUAUUGAGCAGAUUUAUUCCCUUUUCUCUAAAUGAUUGCUGAACAUCUUGUCAGUUUAAAUUUUAGUUGUAACAUACCAACUUAAGAUCAUAAUGAUGAUAGUAUUAGAUAGGUUAAAGCAACUCAUUCAGAUGUAAUUUGUGAUUUUAAUAACAGAGACUGUUCCUUUCAACUUAAAAUUGAACAACCAAAAAGGGAUAUUUAUAAUAACAAUGUCUUCUCUAAUGUGUGAUCUAAGAUAGAUAUCUGAAAACUAAAGAUAAAAAUGACUUACAAAUAACUGAGGACUUUCAAAAAGGAAGAUUAUAAAAGGUAGUAGCUUUAAGUAGGGAAGUUACAAUCACAUAUGUAUUCUUCUCUACUUGAAUUAUUCUACCUAUUCUCUGUGGUCCAAAAAAUGACCAUGUUAAAAUGCUAUAAGGUAUCAGAAGACUCCAAUUCUCCUGAAAAAUUUAGCCAGCAUAUUAGAAGUCUUAUCAAAGCAAACAGCAUGAAGUCAAAAAUCUAUUAUAUUUCUAAGUGAAUAACAGUCUCACAAAUUUAGAGGAAGAAAAGAUCUCAGAGGUUAUCUAAUCCAAAUCAUUUUGCAGAGGAAGAAAUUGAGGCCAAAUGUUAAGUGACUUGUCCAAGGUUACAUUGGUAGUAAUUUUAACAAAUUAGUAAACAGCAUUGAGAUUUGAACCAAAUCAAUGAUCUUUUCUACUCUAUCACACUCAGAACUUUUUCCCCAUGGUUAAAAGGUUUUCAUGUUGAAGAGAAAAUCAAAACAAAUCAGAAAGUGGUGAUUUAAAUAUCAGAAGUUUAUUUGAAAAAAAUGUUGAAAAUGUGAACAUUUACAUUUCUGAAAUGCUAUGGCUCAGGAAUGUGUGAAGGAGAAAGAAGAAAAAUCUUUCCUUUCCUUAGCCAAACAUUUUAUUAUCUGCACACAAGUAAAAAGAUUUGUUAUUCCCAUGUAAUUGUAUGAAACAGAUCUACCUUCAGUUUGUUCCUCAGUGAAAGUGCCUUCUCUGGGUUAUUUUGUGGUCAGUAGUUGCUUGUAGUGAAAGAAAUUAC